AUGAAAUGUAUUAAUUUAAACUUUUUUUUAUUUUUUUUUGCUAGUACACCAUUAACUUUAUUGGGAGUUAAAUUUUAUUGCUUACGAGGAAAUUUACAAUCACCAUGUGUAGUUGAAUUAACUCCAUAUGAAACUGCUUUUCAAAAAGUAGUUUUUAAGUUGCUUAAUAGUGUCGAACAAAUAUUUUUUAACUCAUAUAUUAGAUUUUCUAAAAGACACCCAAGAUAUUUGUUUCCACUAAAUACAAUUCUAAAAUAUUCUAUACAACAAGUACAUGUGAAAAAUCUUUGUCAACGAUUAAAUUAUCGUUAUGUAACUCCAACAUAUAUUCAAUUUUAUACAAAUAGUGAUAUGAUUAAAGAUCUAUUCAGUUCACCUUUAAAAAGAACUUUAAGUAAUCGCUUUGGCUAG